AACAACAGCACGAAGAUAGAUGAGUGAGUUCUUCGCCAACUUGAAGAAGACACGACUCACUGUCUCACUCUGACUCAAAGUUCUAUUGCCAACAUCUUCACUCAAUGCCUUGUUGCGGUUUACAGCUAUCCCUCCCCAUUUAUGCUUUCGAUUCUUCUAGAAAGACUGCGAACUUCAGACCUUGCCACUCUCGAAUCGCGUGCUCCUCCUCUUCUCAAUCUGGCAUUCGCAAAGAUGAUGAUGACGACAUUGAAAACCAGGUCGAUAAUGGAAGGAACCGAGGCCAGCCUCAGCCGCAUGUGGUCUUGGUAGAGAGAUAUGGAAAUGGCACUGCUAAGAGGUAUGUGGUAGAAGAUGAACUGCAAGUACAGACAUUUGUAGAGGAACCUAGUUCAAAGGCUAAUACAUCUCAGAGCUCGCAUUUCUCCAAUACUGAGUUAUCGUGGCUUCCCGAUAUUGUUAAAGAUUUUAUCCUUCCUGCAGGCUUCCCAGGAUCAGUUUCUGAUGAUUAUUUAUUGUACAUGUUGUUACAGUUCCCUACCAAUGUUACCGCAUGGAUUUGUCACACUUUAGUCACCUCAAGUCUACUAAAGGCUGUUGGUGUUGGCUCUUUCUCUGGCAGUACUGCUGCUGCUUCGGCUGCUGCCAUCAGAUGGGUUUCGAAAGAUGGAAUAGGAGCUGUUGGACGCUUAUUUAUCGGUGGGCGAUUUGGGAAUCUUUUUGAUGAUGAUCCAAAGCAGUGGCGCUUAUAUGCAGACUUCAUUGGCAGUGCAGGAAGCAUUUUUGAUCUUACUACACCGUUGUAUCCUGCCUAUUUCCUGCCAUUGGCAUCUCUUGGAAACCUUACCAAGGCUGUUGCUAGAGGACUAAAAGAUCCUUCAUUCCGUGUGAUUCAAAGUCAUUUUGCAAUUUCGGGAAAUCUGGGAGAUGUAGCAGCAAAGGAAGAAGUUUGGGAAGUAACCGCUCAGCUGCUUGGCCUUGGUUUGGGCAUACUUUUUCUGGAUACACCUGGCCUUGUAAGAUCAUACCCAAUUCUGGUAGCUACAUGGAUGGCCAUGCGGCUUCUGCACCUCUGGUUACGCUAUCAAUCUCUAUCAGUUCUCCAAUUUAACUCGAUAAAUCUUAAGCGUGCUUGUAUAUUGGUAAAAUCGCACGUAUUACACUCUAUCGUUCCUGGUAUCGUUAGUUGCAAUAAGGAAGAAAACAUAUUAUUGUGGCCAAGAUUCAUGACACCCCGAAUUACAUUUGGUGUGCCCUUGGAAGAGAUGAUUUUUGGGGAGAAAUCUGCUCCGAUGGUUAAGGCACUUCUGAAACUAUAUUCAAAGGAGAAGUAUAUUCUUGUAGUGAACCAACAAAAAAGUGACUUUGAGGUCUUUGUGUCAUUUAAGGUGGGAGCUUCAAGUAUGUCAGUUUUACGAAGUUUGUGGCAAGCUUAUUGGUUACAUGAGAACUGGAAUAGCUCAAGUAUUGCCCUCGAACAGCUUGCACAAAGCCGUUUGGAGAUGGAGGAUAGGUUUGAGGACUUCAUCCAACAGUUGAAUGGAGUUGGAUGGGAUACACUUCAAAUUAACUUGAAGGUCCCCAAGCAAAUUUCCCUCGAUGAAUUGUACCCUAUUUGAGUUUCAAAUAUGGGUAUCAGAAUGCGUCUGACCUUGGAAUGUUGAUCUACCAAUGGCACCGAGAUGACAUUUUAACUUUCAUGCACCCUGAUUCUUCCAGGUGACAAUACUUCCCUAGAGCAAAGAAGUUGAGCCACGGAGGUUGUUUGGUUUUAGAGAAAUUUUUGACUGGAAUUCUGUUUUCUGUCAGGGUUUCGUGUUUGAGUGAAACUUUUGUGUAUAUAGAAUCAUAGAGGAGUCUAUCUAAUGCUUCUCCAGCUAGUUCAUUCUGUUGUGAAUCUCCUAAAUUUUGCAUUAGUAUCGGGUUGCAAUUUCUCUCA